ACACGCUUUAGAACUGAACCGUUAAUGCAGCGAGCUGUAACAGCAUGAAGGUGCUGAAAGCUUCGUGUAUUUUCUUCCAGCCGAUUAAGACAAAGGCUUUUACGUUUUGAUGUUGCAGCUUUGUUAACGGUUGGUACACGGAAUCGUUGUAUUUAGUAAUGAAAUUCUCCACUUUUCAGCAUUAUAACGUUUUUUCUUCUUAGCUGUAUUUCUUUUCUGGAGUGUGUGUGUCGGCGUUUGUGGUUUUUUUUUCAAAGCGAUUUAAUUGGCUUUGAUAACUAAAGAGUCGGGAUGUUGCCCUACUUUGCAUGAAAAUUUUUCCUCCCAUAUUGAUGGACGAAUUAUUCCUCUCCAUUCAAAUGUUGCGCUUGUUUUUCGAUGCUUCUCGUAACAAGCCUGGAUAACGGAUCUGGAUAAAGGAUAAACAGCUAAUGAUCUCCUUUGACAAACACAAGAGGAGGGAGCAUCUUUCUGGGUGGAUUUUCUGGUGUUUCUGUAACCCGAUUGCAGUCCGGUGGCUUCAUUUGGCUGGAUACUUAACUUUACCCGCCAGUCAUUUUAGUUGCGCCUAUAACUGAUCAAGGAGCCGACCGCAGGCGUGCUUAAAACUCACUGCAUGUCUCACAUCCCAACAUCAUUUAUUAUUAUUAUAUUUUGAGAUAUAUAACGGAUGCAUGUUCGUUGGUCCCACACAUUUUUCGACAACAUAGGACGUCGUUCACAUGGAAAGUUUGAUAGAUGUUGCAAAUCCAAGAUAUAAGGACGUGUAAGCCGGAGAUAAUUUAAAUAUCUUCGUUGGUGUUUAGAAACACUUUCGCCAAACUCUGUAAGGUUAUAUUUUGGAUAGUUAUUCAUCACUCACAAAGGGACUUAACACUUGACACGGGUUCCUGCAAACGAUCACAUUGACUAAGUUAUACUGUUUUAGUGGUGAACAUUAAGAUCGUGGGCUGAUGGAUCCUGGGAUGACAGAGUGUCAGUACAGUCAGAUCAGCACGGUCGCCUCAUCGCUAAUGGAGAGCCAGCUUGGGAAGAAGAUCCCCAAAAGGAAGUGGCAAACUUUUCCGGGCAGGAAUAAGUUUUACUGCAAUGGAAGGAUCAUGAUGGGUAGACAAACCGGUGUCUUCUACCUUACCAUGGUACUUAUCGUGGUCACCAGCGGGCUCUUCUUUGCUUUUGACUGUCCCUUCCUGGCCUCCAGCUUGACUCCUGCCAUCCCGGCUAUAGGUGGCUUCCUCUUCCUCUUUGUCAUGGGCAUGCUGUUCAGGGCCAGCUUCAGUGACCCCGGUGUGCUGCCCCGCGCCACGCCUGACGAGGCCGCUCACCUGGAGAGCCAGAUCGGUGACGAUGACAUUAACAGCCGCUCUCCCCCACGGACCCAGGAGGUCGUCAUCAACGGUCAAACUGUGAAGCUGAAGUACUGCUUCACCUGCAAGAUCUUCAGGCCGCCAAGAGUCUCUCACUGCAGCCUCUGUGACAACUGUGUGGAGAGGUUCGACCACCACUGCCCUUGGGUGGGUAACUGUGUGGGCAAGAGGAACUACCGCUUCUUCUACCUCUUCAUCCUCUCGCUGUCCUUCCUCACGAUCUUCAUCUUCGCCUUCGUCAUCACGCACAUUGUCCUCAGGUCCAGUCAGACUGGCUUCCUCAGCGCUCUCAAAGAUAGCCCUGCCAGAUAUCCAUCCAAGGUGGUCGUCUGCUUCUUCUCUGUGUGGUCCAUCGUGGGCCUCUCUGGGUUCCACACCUACCUGAUUGGCUCCAACCAGACCACUAAUGAAGAUAUCAAGGGUUUGUGGUCAUCCAAGAGAGGGAAGGGCAACUACAACCCCUACAGUUACAGCAGUGUCAUCACCAACUGCUGCGCCGCACUUUGCGGGCCUCUUCCACCCAGUCUGAUUGACCGACGUGGCUUCAUCCAGCCAGACACUCCGCAGACUGCGAUCCAGUCCAAUGGAACCACAGCCUACGUGGCAUCCCAGCCUCAAGCCCACAUGGAAGUGACCUCUGACAGCUGCUUCCAUAGCUCCUUAUGGCCCCCCUAUUUAUUCGUGCUGCCAACAGUAGUGUCAGCAAAGCCCCCCACAUUAAGACUGCUUGGCCAAACAGAGAAUGGAUACCUGGAUCCUCUCUGAGCACUUUAGACCCUCAUAAUUAGACAUCCGCCCCCCCUCCCCCAAAGUCUGUGGAGGAAGACGGUAACUCAGGAAUGGGAAUGAGGAUAUCAUUUCUACUGCCAACACCCAAAAGACGCUCCACCUCAAACUGCCAGUCUUGAUGAUUUCUUUCCCACUUUCACAAAUGAAAACUGACUGUUCCUUUUCGUUAUAAAAAUGGUCCCUGUUGUUCAUUGAUUAUCAGUCUCUGCCUUUUUCUGAAUAAAUUCCUACAGACUUUCAUCAUUUAAAUCAACAGCAAAAAUCUAUCUAUCUGAUGUUUGUAUGUCGUUGCUUUGCUAAACGAUAUUAUGCAAGUUUUCCAUCAGGUAAUUUCUUACUGUAUGCAAUAAAUUGAUAAAAUAA